CACAGCGUCGGGCCCGGGCUGCCGCGUCCGGAGCGCAGGCGGCGGCGCUGCUGCUCGCGGGGUGCUGGGCAGAGUUGGCGAGCGAGGCGGGUGCCACCGGCCGGCCGGAAAGGCGCCUCAGCUCCGCGGGGCCCGCGGCGCGGGACCCAGGACCGAAGAGGAGGCGGCGCCCCGGCUGCCCGGGCCUGGUGCCCGCCCGGAGGGGGCCGCGGCCGGCCGUUCCCGGCCGGGAGUGUCCCCAUCGCGCCUCCCGGAGAGGCCCCCAGAGCUCCCGGUCGCCCCCUGGGGGUGCCCUCAGCAGCCCCGGACUCACCUGCUAGGGCCGCCCCGCUCCCAGGUGCGGGGGCGUGUGCGCGGCGAGGGCGCCUCCCCCGGCCGCCAGCGGGGCGGGGGCGGGGCCGCCCGCCGCCCUCGGCCUCCCCGGUCCGCCAGCCGCGCCUGGUAGCGCGGCUGAGAGCUCCCCGGGGACCGCGGUGCGGGAUGCUGCCCUCCAGCGCGGCCGGUCUCUCGCCGCCUGCCACCCUUACCCCUGCCUCCUGGGCCAUGCCCCGCUGUUUACAUGCCGGUGAAGCCCCCGGCCACUCUGAGCCCCUCCGAGCCCCGGCUCCCCGACGGUGAAGCCAGCCGGCCCGCGAACUGGACUGGUCGCUCAGACCUGGGCCCUCCGGACUCAGAUCUCCGCCCGCUCGGCCGCCUUCGCCACCAUCUGGGCGGGAUCCGGCUCUGAUGUUUUGAGGAGGGGGUGUGGUGUAGGGAAAGGAAUCCUGGGGAUUUCUGGCUUCCCCCCUUUUUUGGCCUUCGGGGCUUCAGACUCAGGGAACUCGCUCAUGGCUUUCUUGAUGAAGAAGAAGAAAUUCAAAUUUCAAACCACUUUCACCCUGGAGGAGCUGACUGCGGUCCCCUUCGUGAACGGAGUCCUCUUCUGCAAAGUCCGGCUGCUGGAUGGCGGGGAUUUUGUCAGCUUGUCGUCAAGGGAGGAGGUGCGGGAAAACUGCGUGCGGUGGCGGAAGAGGUUCACCUUCGUGUGUAAGAUGAGCGCCAACCCGGCCACCGGCCUGCUGGACCCCUGCAUCUUCCGUGUGUCGGUGCGCAAGGAGCUGAAAGGCGGGAAGGCUUAUUCCAAGCUGGGCUUCGCCGACUUGAACCUGGCCGAAUUCGCAGGCUCAGGCUCCACAGUGCGCUGCUGCCUGCUGGAGGGAUAUGACACGAAGAACACCCGUCAGGACAACUCCAUCCUCAAGGUCACCAUCGGAAUGCUCCUGCUCUCCGGAGACCCCUGCUUUAAGACGCCGCCGUCCACCGCCAAGUCCAUCUCCGUCCCGGGCCAGGACUCCUCCCUGCAGCUGACGCGCAAGGGCGGUGGGACCGGCAGCGGCGGCGGUGGCACCAACUCCCUGACGGGAUCCCGGCCCCCCAAGGCGAGGCCCACCAUCCUCAGCUCAGGGGUGCCAGAGGAGGCCGAACAGAACCUGUCCAGCCCCGAGGAGGUGUUCCACUCCGGUCACUCCCGCAACUCCAGCUACGCCAGCCAGCAGUCCAAGAUCUCUGGCUACAGCACAGAACACUCGCGCUCCUCCAGCCUCUCGGACUUGACGCACCGCCGCAACACGUCGACGAGCAGCAGCGCCUCGGGCGGCCUCAGCAUGACUGUGGAGGGCCCCGAGGGCGGGGAGCGGGAGCACCGGCCCCCCGAGAAGCCGCCGCGGCCGCCUCGGCCCCCGCAUCUGUCUGACCGUUCAUUUCGGCGGAAGAAGGACUCCGUGGAGAGUCACCCGACCUGGGUGGAUGACACUCGGAUCGACGCAGAUGACAUCGUGGAGAAGAUCAUGCAAAGCCAAGACUUUACGGACGGCAGCAACACUGAGGACAGCAACCUCCGGCUGUUUGUGAGCCGUGAUGGCUCUACCACGCUGAGUGGCAUCCAGUUGGCCAACAGGGUCUCCUCUGGGGUCUAUGAGCCUGUCGUAAUCGAAAGCCAUUGAGGAGCAGGCGUCCAGCCUGGAGAAGGGCCCUGCCUUCGUGGGCAUCCAGGCCCGCAGCAUUCCACGAGGGACCUUCCGCUUCGGAUCACCUUCCGCGCCACAUCUCAUCUGUGCCUCCUCCGUGCACUCCAGCCCCGCUCCUGCCCCAAAGCAUCAUUCCACUGUCCUCCCAUCCAUGCCGGGACCCUCCUGGCCUGCCAGGCCCCGGGCACCACUGUGAAUAUUCUCCUCUGAACCACUAGGGGGGCAGGCCAUGCAGGCCCACGAAGCAGGUGGACAAGACCAAGAUGGCCGGGACUGCCCCGCUGGAGACCAGUUGGGCCCCUCAGUGGGGACAUGCAGUGGCAUCUCUGCGCGGGGAUGCCUGUGGCUGAAGGGCCUCUUGCCCCGUGUCCCUGCUCACCCCAGGAGCAUUGGCUCAGCCGUGCCCUGGCAGGGCCUUGCUCCACCACCCCCUUGCCCUUGGGAGGGCCGGUCCACCCCCAGAAUCCCGCCACCAUGGCUCCCUGACUGCUUAGUGCUUCAGCUGUCCCUUCCCUGUGUCCUGGGGGACCCGCUGGCGGCCUUCUCCUGGGAACCAAGACCACCCACGCUCCACAUUGAAACCCCCUCCCCCAACGAAUGUUCUCCUGCUGCCCCGGCAGCCUGCACUUUGCACAUGCUCGUCUCCAGCACAGCCCCCCUGGCCCUUGCCUGCCUUUCCCUUGAGCCCUUCGCAAGGAUUCCCUGGCACUGCCUGCUGUGCAGCCAGCGCCUGCCUCUAGCGGUCCGGCUGGAACGUGGCACCGCCUCUCCCCCUGUUUAGCUCCAGCUCAGGCCUGAGCCCAUGUCGAGAAAGGUCUGAGCAUCGAUGGUGGCUCACCUCUGCUCGGGGCUGGAUCCUGAGCAGCUGGUUUCCUGUAGGAAGCCAGGGAAGGUGCCUCCCAAACCCUUAGAGGUUGAGAGUCUGGCUGGGCUGGGCUUGGCAAGCAAAGCCCCCUCUCCCUCCCGCAGGGUCAGCUAGCCCAGGCUGGGGCCGAUGCUGAGAGGCAGGUGGGCUGUGACCGGACUGGCCCGGAGCUGGCUUCCUGGCCAGAAAAGCCUCAGCCCUCCUCUGGAAGCAUCCCUCUCUCUGGGCGAAGGCGAGGUGGGGAGCAGUCUGGCCCUGCCCCCACCCCUCGCUAAAGCCUCUGCUGUCUGCACCCCACCCCUCCCGUCUUCCUUACUUGCUUGAAAAUGGGUUCUGACUGCCAGCCAGUCCCUGGACAGACUUCCCUGCCACCCUGAAAUUUCACUUAUUUUGUGUGAACCCAGCAGGCUGGUGUUUACGUACUCCUAUACCUUUUUUCUUUUUAACAUUUCAUUUCCUCUUUUCUUUCUUUCUUUCUUUUUUUUUUUUUUUUGAGUUCACAGUUUGGUAUUUUCUCCUCCCCCCCGGUGAGGGGAGGUGGUUCUGUUCUCUGCCCUACCUGCUACCUGCUGGCUGGGUCCCAGCAGGACUAGGGAUCUAGAUGGGGGGGGGGGGGGCAGGAUACUGGUUCUCUCCCUGGUGGGGUGCAGGUGCCGGUGGGGUGUCCUCCCCAGGCUGGGAGGGCUCCUUGCCCUUAUGCUCCAGCUGGCAAGAAUUGGAGCCUUUGUCUUGGAACCUCCUGGCCUUGGGAGGAGAGCAUUUCUAGGAUUCGUUGUCAUUGUUUUUAAUCCCCUAACUCUUAGAAACUGAAUGUGAGGAGGCUCUUGCUAAGACAGGACAGAGUACUUGCUGUGGCUGGAGAGGGCUCUGGUUAGCCCUGCGGGUCCCUUCCUGCCCCGCAGGCACCUGGCGCUUUACAAGGAAGCUGGCUGUGCAGUCUCCAGGUGAAGUGACCCCCAGAAAACGAGAGAGCCCUCUCCUUCCCUUCUGUGUCUGCGUGACCUUUGCCCAAUGGGGAAGCGCAUUCAGGGUGUAUUUGGGGUCUGGCUCAAAGUUGCGGGCUUCAGGCAUAAAACAGCCAGUUCUGGUGCUGUUGGGACUCCCCCAAACCCCAGCCCCACCCAAGUCGAGGUCUGGGCUUGACAGACACCCCAGAAGCAGACAGAGCCUGCCACAUUCUUCCAUGCCAGUCUCUGGGCCAGGGUAAUUGGACUGAGAAUUCGGCCACAUCCAAAUUAACACUAGCUGGAGCCAGAGGCCUGGAGCCCUUUCUUCAAUCUCUGGUCUUCUCAAGCUCGGUGAAUUCCCGCCAGGCACCCACAGCUCCUGGACGUAAAAUGCUAUAUAUAGAGAAAGACUAUAUUAAAGAUAUUUUUGGAAAGGAAUCAGUCUAUGCAAUGCCAGUUUGGAAUCUUCUUGAAAGACAGUUUAACGUUUUUACUAGGAGAUUUAAAGAAAAUAAAAGUCUACAAUAUUUUUAGGUUACUUUUUUUGUGGUCACCCCAAACUGACCACAUGGUGUGGUCUGCUGGGAUGGAGAUCUUCUGUGUUCUCCUCUCUCUUAGAGGGUUGAGCUGGGAAAUGGGGGGGUGGGAGGGGGUAUCUUUUUUUUUCUUUUGGUCUUUUUUUUUUUUUUUAACCCCCUCCUUUCUAACAGAAUGUUGCCGCCACCACCGCCCCUUAUUCAGAAGGCUGUGUUUGUAUCUCUGUCUCCCGGCUUCUGUUGUAGAAAAUCACAUUGUAAGGGGAAAUCAGCCUAGUGUCAGUGUCUUGGUUGGGGGGAAAAAAAAUUAAAUGUCGCAAUUUUUGUUUGUUA